AUGGCAGGAGAGCCCAUAAAGCGUGGCUUUGCAGGAGCCACCCUUGAUUAUAUCGGAUCACGCUAUGUAGGCGCAGGCCCAGAACAAUGCAGCUACACAACACAAGCCGUCCAGAUUCCCAUGUCAGACGGAGUGAAGCUCGCCGCCGACUUCUACGAUCCAGAGCUUCCCGCCGGCCAGGAGCCACUGGGCCUGAUCAUGACCCAAUGCUGCUACGGUCGAGGCUCGGGUAUCUCCUUUCUCAACUCGCGCGUCUUCGUCGCUCGGGGCUACCGAGCGCUUUUCGUCAGCACACGCGGCACCCACGGCUCUGAGGGUAUCUUCCGCCCCGGAGUGCAGGAGAGAAGCGAUAGUCAGGAUAUCGUCAAGUGGAUGCGCCAGCAACCCUGGUACCCUGGUACAUUUGCGACGAUGGGAGCCUCGUACCUGGGCUACAGCCAAUGGGCGCUUUUGCAAGAUCCGCCUGCGGACUGUGUGGCUGCGGUCAUUCCCGUUGGACUUCAUGACAGCGGCAUGUAUACGUGGGGCACGGGGGCUUUCCGUCUGGAUCGUGCAUCGUGGGGUGAUAUGAUGUCUCGUGGAGAUGAGGAGCGCGGGGGCUUUCUUGAGCGUUUGUCGAAGUUACCUGGCCUGAGUUUCUUGGCGACUUCGGAACUAGAGAAGGUGGUUGCGACCUUGCCGCUGGAAUCCAAUCUGAAGGAAUACUUUAAAGAGAGGGCCCCUUGGCUCUUUGAGUACCUGGUGCAUCCGGAUGUGAAUGAUGCCUAUUGGGAAGAGAGGCGGCAGGUGUCUGCUCUUGAGCGUGUGAAUAUUCCUAUUUUGUUGGUGAGUGGCUGGUAUGAUCCCUUUGAGAAGCAGACUCUGCAGCAAUACAAGCAGCUAUUUGAACGGGGUGUCAAUGUCAACCUUGUGAUCGGUCCUUGGACCCAUAUGCAAGGGUGCGGAUUGCGUUCCAUUCCCGAGAUCUUGGACUUCUUUGGAGAACACGUCGCCAAGAAUGGAAAGUACGGCCGGUCUCGCGCUCGCAUAUUCGUCACUGGCGCCGAAGAGUGGCGCGAGAUGCCUACCUGGCCCCCGAACACCGACUCGAAAACCCUAUAUCUACAAGACUCCAUCGAACUCGACUCGGAGAAACCUGCACAAGAUGCAGCCCCGACGUCCUUUGUCUUUGAUCCUUUAAAUCCAACCCCCAGCUUGGGUGGCAAUCAGAUGUCUGGUGGACGAGUGGACGACAGCAUUUACGACACCAGAUCAGAUGUUCUGGCCUUUACGACUAAGCCUCUCGUGGAAGACCUGGAUGUUCUUGGCGCGCCGUCCGUCCAACUUUCACACUCAAGCGACCCGCCCUUUGCAGAUUUGUUCCUGCAUCUCAGCGAGGUCGAUGGCAAUGGCGUUUCUCAUAAUGUUUGCGAGGUGUACCAGGCACUCGACCCUAAGCGCGAUAUGUCGCAGCCUCUUCAUCUGGAUCUAGUGGACUGCGCUCAUCAAUUCAAAGCGGGUACACAGAUUCGACUGGUUGUCGCUGGUGGCUCAUUCCCAAUGUAUGCGCGAAGCUUGGGAACUGAAGAAGAUCGUGUGCGCAGUGACAAGAUCGUUCCUCAGACGCAUACCAUUAAUGUUGCUGGUGGACUUUCCCAGCUCAUUCUCCCUGUUUCUGGUUCUGUUUGA